AUGGCGCCUUACAGUACGAUCGACAGCGGCGCGACCCGAUCCGUUGGAGCAGAAGAGACUCCAGUCGAUACGGAAUUCCUCAUUGUCGGGGCAGGUCCUGCCGGGGCCGCCUUGGCUUGCUUCCUUGGUUCUCAUGGGCUGAAGGGUAUCAUGAUCAGCAGCGCUCCAGGAACAGCGAAUACGCCUCGCGCACAUAUUACUAAUAUGGCGGCACUGGAGUGUCUACGGGAUAUUGGUCUCUAUGAUGAACUGGAGAAGCUGGGAUGCACGGGGGCAGAUCAUAUGCAACACACACGAUGGUGUCAUAGUAUGGCAGGCGAGGAGUACGCACGCAUCCACUCCUGGGGAAAUGACCCUAGAAGAAAGGGAGACUAUGAACUAGCUAGCCCAUGUGAACCAUUUGAUCUGCCGCAGACGAUCUUGGAACCAGUUCUGGUUCGGCAUGCAGCUUUAAAAGGCUUCAAGUGUCGCUUUGAUUCCACGCUCGUUUCUUUCUUUAGCGACCCGAAGACCGGCUUGAUCACUGCCAAUAUUCACGAUAAGAUGACAAACAAGGAAUACCAGAUCCAAACACGAUAUCUGUUCGGAGCUGACGGUGCCCGGAGUGAGGUGGUAAAACAGCUUAACCUGCCUCUGGUGGUUCAGCCUGGCCAAGGGAUUGCAAUCAACGUGCUGGUCAAAGCCGACCUCUCCCAUCUAGUUAAAAACCGAACGGGCAAUCUUCAUUGGGUUAUGCAACCAGAUCGAGAGCACCCAGACUUUGGCUGGAUGGGAAUCGUUCGUAUGGUGAAGCCAUGGAAUGAGUGGAUGUUCAUUCUAUUCCCAGAUCGUAACUAUGACCGUUCUAAAGGCCAGCCGUCUCAAGAUGCGUAUCAAAAGAGAGUCCAAGAGUUUAUUGGCGAUGAUACACCUGCAGAGAUCUUGGAUAUCUCCACGUGGUAUAUCAAUGAGAUCGUCGCCGAGAAAUAUUCAGAGGGUAACAUCUUCUGUCUUGGUGAUGCCGUGCACCGCCACCCUCCAUUGAACGGGCUUGGAUCGAAUACCUGCAUCCAAGAUGCCUUCAAUCUCGCUUGGAAGGUCGCAUAUGUUCACAAGGGACUGGCGUCACCGUCUCUUCUAUCAACAUACUCCAUUGAGAGACAACCUGUGGGUCAUUCGAUUAUCACCAGAGCGAAUCAGGCAUACCGCGACCACUUUCUCGUGUGGGAGGCACUCGGCAUGUUGCCCACGGACUUGUCCGCACGGAAGGAGAUUUUGGAGGAGUUAAAGAGUGCGACACCAGAAGGAUCCAACCGCCGUCGUGCCCUUCAUGCGGCAAUCAAGCAUACCUCUCAUGAAUUCCAUGGAUUGGGAGUUGAAAUGAAUCAACAUUAUGACAGCCAAGGUGUCUACACAGCUGAUGAGCCCAAUCCCUAUGCGCCGUCCAGACGGGCGUCUGAAGAUAGCAUCUUGUUUCAUGAACCAAGCACUUAUCCCGGGUCUCGAUUGCCUCAUGUGUGGCUCAACAAAGCAACCCCGAGAGAGCCUAUUUCAACAGUCGACAUUGCUGGCCAUGGCUCUUUUGUCCUCUUGAGCGGAAUCGGAGGUGGGCGAUGGAAGAAAGCAGCCGAAAAUGUUGCCGAAGCGCUUAAGGUUCCAAUACAGGUGCAUUAUAUUGGGUUCAGACAAGAUUGGGAGGACGUUUACUUUGAGUGGGAAAACUUGCGAGGCGUGGAGGAAUCUGGAGCCGUGUUGGUGCGACCAGAUCGAUUCGUAGCGUGGAGAGCACCGCAAGUUCUCAAGGAUACUGAAGCAUGCGAAGCGAAGCUCCUUACAGUGAUGAGAACCAUUCUAGGAUACCUUGAUGUAUAG